GGUGGGAUGAUGAAAUCUGAAUGCCAAUAGUUCGGAAGCCCAAUUUUUACAACAGUAAUGUUGUUGGACGUAAUAAAUUGCUACGUUGUGCUUCCCACAGAUACUUACUAAUGAACAUCUAUGACGGCUACAGUUGACAAUUGACAUAAACAGAGUGCACGUGGUUGAAGUGUGUGUUAUAGACAAUACUGCUCGCGGGAUGUUUCGUAAUGGUCGUCCUAUAAAGUUUCAGACAAGGUGCUGAGAUUUUACGUACUGUACAUUUAGAGAUAUAGGAAAGAAAUCUCAAUUGGAAAUGGAUUAAUGGGAAAAUAAGUUGGGAUCGUUGGUGUAUGGGGUAUAAGACACCUCUCCAGCUGCUAGAUCAGAGGAUAGUAGCUUCAGCAACAGUAUUUCACAUAGUUUUAAGCUGCAACCAGGCAGACCACAAGAUAUCAAUCACUGCACCUUGAUGGCAAAAUCCUGUUAUUGCAUGAGAAAUGGGUCAAAAAAUCAGAAACUUAGUCAACUUUAAGGAUAAAGGAAAACUUCAAUCAUUAUUUGUUUCAUAGAUCACAAAGAAAGAUAAAUGGGUUCAUCAAACCUGUGGAACUGGAAGCCAGCAUAUGGAAGACCACUUAACAUUGGCAUCAGAAUGUUAAGGACUUCCUUGUAGAGACAAACAAAAAGGAUGGUCUCAGUGGGCUACUAGCUCUUAACAGAAAUUCCUCCAUGGAAUAGGAGUUGUCCAGAAGAAAUGGCUUUGGUUUAGAUUUAAAACGUGUUUUGCUUCCUGUUGGACACUAUACUAUUGUUGCUGUAUAUUGAACUCCUUUCUGAGCUGCUGAAAGCUUUAACAAUGAAAGCUUUUAGUGUCGUAGGCAUGGACAUCAUUAUUCUUUGAAAAGUGUGAUGGAUUCUCUAUGAAGAAUUUCAUUAGCAGGUGGCAGCCAAAAAUGCAGCUUAUGAGACUUAGUAAAAUCCAUGUGAUUAAGCAGUUGGCAAGUGGAUGUCGAAAUGUGGGACACACUAUGUUCAACAAAUACCUUCUUCUCACCAAUGUUGGAAUCUCCAUGUGCCUCUCUGCUACUGGUGAUGUCAUCCAGCAACAUUACGAGAUGAUGCAUAAUGAAAGAAAAAAUGUGGAGUUAAUAAGAACCCGAAACAUGUCCAUAUCAGGAGUUACUGUUGGUGUUGUAUGUCACUUUACAUAUAACUACUUAGAUAAAAAGCUACCUGGAAGAUCUCUGCAGACAGUUCUGAAAAAGGUUGUGGUGGAUCAACUUGUAUUUUCUCCCAUAUAUUUAACUGUGUUUUUCUUCACUCUGGCCAUAUUAGAGGGUUCUAACUGGGUGACACUAAAGAAAGAAGUUACUCACAAGGCGUGGCGGCUGUACCUAGCAGAAUGGCUAAUUUGGCCUCCAGCACAAGUAAUAAAUUUCUAUUUUUUACCAACAAAGUUUCGUGUGCUGUAUGACAAUACCAUAUCUCUUGGGUUUGAUAUAUACACUUCAUACAUCAAACAUAAUAUACCUAUUGAGGAAGAAAAAGUGGCUCUAGAAGAAAAGUGAUCAAUAUUUGUUGCUUAGAUGCUGUAACAAUAAUAUAGUGGCUGUGAUAAUAAAAGUAUGUCAUGUUCAUUAUGAAGGUGUUCCCUACUCUUAUUUCAUAAAUGAGUCAAAAAUACUCUUAUUUAUUGUUGUUUUGGUAUUAGAACAGUCCUUGCAGAGAGAUUAAGUAGUGACGUUUAUAUGUGAAAUGAAUUGUACAUUCCAUCCUGUUGAUAUUUCAACACAAGUGUACAAAUAAACAAUGACCAAUAAACAAUGCUUAAACUGAAUAAAGAGCUACAUAUGUCCCAUCAAACGUUG